AUGGGUUGUGGAUUAAAAAAAGAGAAGAAGGAUAUCAAUAAUGAAAUUACUUUCUUAAAACCUUUAAUCAAAUUUAAGAUCAUAUUUUCAAAUAUCAAAAUCAAAAAUAUUACACUUAAAAAAACUAAAGUUCAUUUUUCAAUUGCAAAUUAAGAAUGUUUCUAAACUUAAAUUUCAUAUAAUAAUUCUAAUCCACAUUGGAGAUAAACAUUUAGAUCAAUUCAUGAAAGUGAUUUAGAAACCUUAAAGUCAGAAUUUUUCAAAAUUGUAUACUACUCUUAUUUAUUCAGAGUGUCUUUUGUGCUGAAAAAAAUAAAUGUUUUGCUUAUGUUGUUUAAAAUAUGUGGGAAGUUGCAAAUGGUCCCAUUCAUUAUGAUUUGUUUCUUGAAUCUACAAAAGCUAAUUCAUCCAGAAUUACUUUUGAUUUGAGAAUGGUAUAAAUGACAACAUUAAAAAUUCAAAGUAAAUAAGUUAUGUGUGAACUUAAAGACUAAUUGAUGGAACAAGCUUACAAUUUUUAAUUAAAAGUUAGAGUAUCAUAUUAUUAAUUUAUAUUCAAGUCUCAUUAAGUAGAUUACUAUAGUGAUUUCUCUCCUAAUUACUUAAAUCAUUAUUUAUACCGUUAAUCUUCAAUUAAAUAAUAUGGAUACAUAGAUUCCAAAGAAAAAUUAAGGAGUGAAUCUGAUGAAUUUCAAUUGGUUAGAGACAUCUUUGAUUCAUCUUAGGAUGAAAAUAUUUAAACCGAUCUUAAGAGUUGUUAUUUGAAAAAGAACGGACUUAAGAAUGAUUAAGAUUUGAUGUUAAAAAAAUCUAAAUCCAAUAAUUAACUCAGUACUAUGAUACAUCUCUCAACUAAUCAAUCCUAAACUAAUAAAUCAUUAAAUCAAAGAAAACCCUAUUCAACUAUGGGUUUGAUAACAAAAAAGGAUCUAUUGUGGGAAUUCAAAGUAUAAGAAAAUAAUCCAAUCAUAUCCUUUGAUAUUUAUGUUGAUUCAUUUUCUAGUUCUUCUUUUGAAUUCAUUCUUUGGGGAAGUUCAAAACCUAAUGAAAAAUCUGAUAAUGUAAGUGUUAGAAAAAUAGGAAAUUCAGUUAUAUCUCUAAAUAAAUUUUUUAGUUAAAAUGUUAAUGUUUUAGCUGAAUUAGAUAGGAUCUCACUUUAAGAAGUUAUAUUUACAGAUAAAUUAUGGAUACAUGGUUAAUGUGUUGGAAGAGUAAAAGCAGAAUUUAUUAUAACAAAGGAUACUUUUAUUAGAUAGAUGUUAGGAGGAUUUCGAACAGAAGAAGGUAUUCAAAGAUCUUCUUUACUUUAUAUUAAAAAAGAUAAAUAUUCUGGACCUUAGAGUCCAAAUAUCAAUCAAAUAAUAUAAAUUAAUAAUGAAAUAGAUGAAUUAGCUGGAAAAUUGAAUCAAAAGAGUCUUUAACAUAGAGAGAGAGUUAAAAUUAAUAAGGCUAUUAAUUAAAUUAUUGAAAAGUUGAGUACUUUAAUUAAAAAUUAAGAAUUAUAUGAAAAUCUUGAGGAAAUGAUAGCUGCUUAAUUAGUCUUUGUGGAUCUAACAAAGAAUUUAUUAGAAAGUGCUGAUUUAAUUGAUGAAGAUUUGAGAGAUCAAUAUUAUGAUGUGCUUAUUACUUUAUUGAAUAGAGAUGAAUUCUUUAUUAGUUAUUUAGGUUUUGAUAAAGAUCUUAAAGAAGCAUAUUUAUUAAGAAAUGAUCAAAAUUAUGUAUCUAAAAAUAAAAAACUUAUAUAACAAUUAAAUUAGAAAAUUAGAAUAGGAUUGCAUUAUUAGAAUUUUUUACAUUAGACAUUUGAGAAAGUGGCAUAGAAACUAAACUAAUAAGGAUAAAAUGAUAAAGAAGAAUUGUUUGUAAAUGCAUUUUUGGUUAUUGCAUUUUUUAGAAUACCAUAAUUUUAAAAAUUAGUUAUUGAUAUCUUAAAACAAGAUUAACGUUUACUAAAUGAGGAAUUUGAAAAAGAUUUUGGAAUAAAUUGUAUUGAUAAUACAUUCUCUGCUGAAUGGGAUAAGAAUUUUUAUGAUUAUCUAUAAAGUGAUCCUAGACAUUAAGAACAUAAAAAGUAAUUAUAAGAUAUACUUAAUACUAUUGAUUGGAAGAAUAUAAUACUUACAAGUAGAGUAUUUUUGAAAUGGUUCUAAUUAAUGUUGAAUCAUUAUAAGAAGGCAAAACAUCCUUAUGAUAUGAGUUUAACUUGGUCAGGUUUUCCUGGUUAUUUAAUUUUAAUAAAAUAUUUAUUAUUAGAGAUUAAAUAUUCAAAUGAAUAUCCAUAUCCAGAAACUAUUAAACAUGCUUCAUUAUGUAUUUUAGAGAAUGAGAAUAUGCUUAAUUAUUUAGUAAUUGUAAUAUUUCAUAAAACUAAACUUUAUGAUGGUAUUGCAGUGUUUUAUACUCUUGAUAUGAUUAAUGAAUGGUUUUAAAUAAUAAAGAAAUAAAAUAAGAAGAUUCCAACAGAUUACAAUUAUUAAUUUUUAAUGAAGGGAUUAUUUAUGAUUUUUGAUGGUUAACAUGCUUCAUCAAUUAGUAAAGCACUUUAAUUGAUAUUUAAUAUAUUUCCAUAAAUGCCAAUAGAAAUCUAAAAAGAAAUUAGUGAUCACAUAUUUGAUAAUUGUUUUUUCAAAUUUUUCAUGUUUUGGAGUAAAUUAGUUAGAUUUGUUUUUCAACAUUUUUUAAUUUAUAGAAUAUAACAUCGACUUAGAAAUUAUAGAUAGGAGAGUAUAAGAGAUAUAUAUAAGGAAUUUGAGUGUAUAAAAUUAUAAAAAUAAAAGUAUACUGUUGAAGAGAAGGCUAAAUUGUUGAAUCAUCUAAUUUAUAUUAGAUAUUCAUAAAUGAUUGAAUUAGUAUUAAAAAUAAAGAGAAAAAUAGCAUAACAUAAUUUAUAAUAGGAAAGUCAAUUUUAAUUACAAUUAGAAGCUAAAUCAUUGAAAUUAAAAUUGAUGAAGAAAAAAUAGAAAUAAAAGAAAUAUCAAUAUUAAUAAUAAAAGAGAAUGGAAUCACCAAGACAUGAUUAAAUAGAUAUUUCAUUUGAGAAAUAGUAGAGAUCUAAUAUUAGUUUAACAUUUAGUUUGAAUGAUCCAUUUUAUAGUUCAGAUAUUAGGGAAGAUGAAAAAUCAAUUGAUUAAUCUCAUGAAAAUGGAAAAGAAAAUAAUAUAUCUAAUUAUGAUUAAAAUGAAAUAUAUUUGUUUGAUAGAAGUAUUAGUUCAAUAAUAAAUUUAAAUGAUUUAUUGGCUGAUAUUGAUUAAGAUAAGAAGAUUAAUGAAAAAAGAAAAUCAAGACAUUCUAAUAGAAAUAAUUCUGUUGAAUUAAAUUCAGAAAAGAGUCAAAAGAGUAGAAUAAAUGAUAAUGAAAAUCCAAAAAAAUUAAAGAUUUAUCAUAGAAUAAGUAAAUAAGAGAAUAUUAAGAAAUCAUUUACUAAAGAACUUUUGUCAUAUUUAUUUCCAGCAAUAUAAGAAUGGCAAGAGUAAUAAGCUAAUUAUAAGAGAUGGUUUUUAAAGAAUCAAGCAAUAAUAAAGAAAUAAUUUAAAUAAGAUUAAUAGGAACAAUAAUUGAUGGAUAUUGAUCCACCUGAAAUCAAUUUAUAUGUACCUAAAGAUGAAACAGAAAAUGAAAAUGUCUAUACAGAUCAUUGA